AAAAAGAAAAAGAAAAGUCUAUGGCUCAAAUCAUGGCUGUCGAUGCAGCAAGUGAUAGUGAAGGUAGCAAUAGCAAUAUUUGAGUUACUCCAGUGAAACCCCUUAUUGACAUGCCUAACUUCCCUUGCUUCCUGAUCACCGUUUCAAGAUUGAAAAUUGGUGAGAGCUAUGGCUCAAUACGGUGCAAGACUGGUCUUUCCGGUAGACGUGAGGAAAAAGCCAUGGGAGCAGAAACUUCCUCUUCACAAUCGGUGGCACCCAGACAUACCCCCAGUUGCAGAGGUCACAGCUGGAGAGCUUUUCAGGGUUGAGAUGGUGGACUUCAGUGGGGGUGGUAUUACGCAACAGAACACUGCAGAGGACAUCAAACAUGCUGAUCCUUCUAUUGUCCAUUAUCUCAGUGGACCAAUCAAAGUUGUGGACAAGGAAGGAAUUCCAGCGAAGCCGGGUGAUCUCCUUGUGGUCGAAAUAUGCAACUUGGGUCCUCUCCCUGGGGAUGAAUGGGGUUACACAGCAACAUUUGACAGAGAAAAUGGUGGGGGAUUUUUGACUGAUCAUUUUCCUUGCGCAACGAAAGCUAUUUGGUACUUUGAAGGAAUAUAUGCCCACUCUCCUCACAUACCAGGGGUACGAUUUCCAGGUUUGACUCACCCUGGAAUAAUUGGAACUGCACCGUCAGCAGAACUCCUAAAUAUAUGGAAUGAAAGGGAAAGAGAAGUUGAAGAAAAUGGCCUUAAAUCUUUCAAACUAUGUGAGGUUUUGCAUUCUAGACCGCUAGCAAAUCUUCCGUCAACAAAAGGAUGCCAUCUGGGAAAGAUCCAGAAAGGAACUCCAGUGUGGGAAAAGAUUGCCAAGGAAGCAGCAAGAACAAUACCAGGAAGAGAGAAUGGGGGAAACUGUGACAUAAAAAAUCUCAGUAGAGGUUCGAAAAUAUACCUCCCAGUGUUUGUAGAAGGAGCUAAUCUUAGUACUGGUGACAUGCACUUCUCUCAGGGGGAUGGUGAAGUCUCAUUCUGUGGGGCAAUUGAGAUGAGUGGUUUCCUAGAGCUCAAGUGUGAAAUUAUAAGGGGUGGAAUGAAAGAGUACCUUACACCAAUGGGGCCAACUCCUCUUCAUGUGAACCCAAUUUUUGAGAUAGGCCCCGUUGAGCCAAGAUUCUCAGAGUGGUUGGUAUUUGAGGGCAUCAGUGUUGAUGAGGGUGGAAGGCAGCACUACCUAGAUGCAAGUGUUGCUUAUAAGCGUGCAGUGCUCAAUGCCAUUGAUUACCUCUCUAAAUUCGGUUACUCCAAGGAACAGAUGUAUCUCCUACUAUCAUGCUGCCCAUGUGAAGGAAGGAUUUCUGGGAUAGUUGAUUCUCCAAAUGCUGUUGCAACUCUGGCCGUUCCAACAGCCAUCUUUGACCAGGAUAUUCGUCCUAAAGCAAGCAAGGUGCCCGUUGGGCCCCGGCUAGUGAGGAGGCCAGAUGUCCUCAAAUGUACCUAUGAUGGAACUUUGCCAAUCACAAAAAAUCCCAGUGCCAUGGCAUGACUACAAUUGAAGUGCUUCUCAAAAGCAGCAGAAGAUUCAGGCUACAUAUUCCUUGCCAUAUUGCAUAAAUUUACGAAUCAAUGACACGUGUUUGUAUGUAUAGAUGGAUGAACAAAGACAUGGUCAAAAGGCCUUCAAUGCCUGUCAAGUAUGUAAACAUCUGAAAGGCAACUGUUUUUAAAAGCUCCCUAUCUUUUUAACA